AUGGCACCAGCAGACGACAAUCCCUCGGCCGAGGAAGUGCUCAUAUGCGAGCCUACAGGUGGGGCGCCCAAUGCCCCGCCUGACCUCCGCUUGUUACACUACAAUGAUGUGUACCAUGUCGAAGCUGGGUCGCGGGAGCCUGUGGGAGGAUAUGCGAGGUUUCAAACUUUGGUCAAUUACUACAGGGAUGACAAGAGGUUUGAUGGGCUGACGAAGCUCUUGACCUUCUUUUCCGGUGAUGCGUUUAAUCCGAGUAUUGAGAGCAGUAUCACAAAGGGUAGUCAUAUGGUUCCUGUACUGAACAACAUUGGUACAGAUGUUUCAUGCGUGGGGAACCACGAUCUCGACUUCGGCGUCAAGCAAUACCGCCAUCUAACAGCCAAAUGCAAUUUCCCCUGGCUCCUCGCAAACGUACUGGACCCAGCCCUCGGCGACGGCGUCCCUCUAGGAAACGCAAAGAAAACAGUCAUGCUCACAGCCUCCAACGGCAUCAAAGUCGGCGUCAUCGGGCUCGCCGAACGAGAAUGGCUCGAUACUAUCAACGCCCUCCCGCCCGACAUAAUCUACAAGAGCGCCUCGGAAACCGCCAAAGAACUCAUCCCAUACCUAAAAGCCCAAGGCGCCGAAAUUAUAAUCUGCGUAUCCCAUCAACGCGAACCAAACGACAACAAACUCGCAAAACAAGUCGGCGGCUCCUACAUCGACAUCAUUCUCGGUGGUCACGACCACUACUACUCGUACAGUCUGAUCAACGGUACACAAGUCCUACGCUCGGGAACGGACUUCAAGCAACUAUCCUACAUCGAAGCAUGGCGUAACCCCUCUGGUGACCCAGGUUGGCAGUUCAAAAUCACCCGCCGCGACAUCGUCAGCAGUAUCCCACAGGACCCGUCCGCCAUGGCCCUAGUGGAAGAGCAAACGCGCGAUAUACGAAAACGGCUUGAUAAACCAAUCGGUUACACAGCCGCUCCUCUCGACGCGCGCUUCACAACCGUUCGAACCCGCGAAUCCAACAUCGGAAACUUUGUCUGCGAUCUCAUGCGGUACUACUACUCAGCCGAGUGCUGCAUCAUGGCAUCAGGCACCAUACGCGGCGACCAAAUCUACCCGCCCGGCUUACUCAAGUUGCGCGACCUGGUCAAUUGCUUCCCGUUUGAGGACCCGGUUGUUGUGCUAAAAGUCACUGGCAAGGCGAUUGUAGAAGCGUUGGAGAACGGGGUGUCGAAUUAUCCGGCGUUGGAGGGCAGAUUCCCACAGGUGUCGAAUAUUUGCUUUGAAGUGGAUUAUGGUAUGGUGCCUGGGAAGAGGGUGGGGAAAGUGACGAUUGGAGACGAGGACGUGGAUGAGGGCAGGGAGUAUGUACUUGCUACUAGGGGGUAUAUGGGGAGGGGUAAAGGCGAGUUUUUCCUUAUGUCCUUAUCCCCUUCUGCUAACGAGUUCCGUGUUAUAGAUGGUUACACAUCCCUCCUCAUCCGCGAAGAAGGCGGCGUAGCCGAGGAAAUCGUAUCCGAAGAAAACGGCGUCCUCAUCUCCACCAUCUUACGCCAAUACUUCAUGUCGCUCAAGGUGCUCGGCAAAUGGAAGCGCUGGGGCAAGUCCAUGGAUUCGAAAUUCUCCAAUAUUCAAACUUCGCUUCAGAAAAAUAGCGCUCAUGCGUUUCAUGAACCGUCGCCUACAUCGCCUGUUUCGUCACCGGUGCAGAAGAAGCACCCAAGGAUUGGGAAAAUGGCGGGGGAGAGCAAGGACGGAGACGAAACGGAGGACCCGGAUGCGGAGGAGGAUGAGGAUGAUGGUGCGGUUUUUGAUGAUAGUUUUCCGAUUGCGUUUACGGAGAGACAGGUCGAGGUUGUGAGGAAGGUGAUGCGGAAAUGGUGGCGGGUGGCGGGGCUGAAGGGAAAUCCGGUGCCGUGUGAUGAGUUGGGAGGAGGCGAGUUUCAGGUAAACUGGACAAAGGCAAUUGCACCGAGGUUGGAGGGGAGGAUUGUUGAGGUUGGUAAGGGUGUGGUGAGUGUUGAGGCGUAG